UAGAAACAAAAGGAAAAAAAAAAAAAACUGCGCGGAUAAAAGGGCUGAGAUUUAGGUCAGUAAAUUCUCUCAAUUUCUGCAGAUCAAAUGUGAAAUCCGAAUCGGUAUGAACUUCGCUCUCUCCGCCGAGCUUCGAACUGACUGGAAUCGAAUUGUUGUUGCCCGGUGCUUGCGAUCUAUCACUUGUGUAGGGAGAGUUGAAAAAGAUUUGAUUUGAACCCUAAUUUUCCCUCAGCUUGUGGUCGGAAUUUGUGCAUUGAAUCGCCGCUGGAUUUUGAACUUCUUGGUAGAGGAGAUUCGCGAAAUGGAGAGAUCGAGAUCUAAGAGGUACUAUUAUGACCAGGACUAUGAAUCCGAACCGCUACACCCUCGGAGCAAGAUGCGCUACGGCGGCGGCAAUUCGCACGGCGGCGGGGGUGUUGGCGGCGGCCACUAUUAUGGUUCUAAUUACAACCGCCGCUCCUCGACUGGAGGCGGCGGCGGUGGUGGCGGCGGGGGCAGGAAAAUGCCGGACCAGUCGCUGAUGGUGACGACGAGUUACCGGAUUCUAUGCCACGACGCGAAGGCUGGCGGCGUCAUCGGGAAGUCAGGGAGCAUUAUAAAGGCGAUUAGGCAACACACAGGGGCGUGGAUCAACGUGCACGAGCUGGUGCCUGGGGAUGAGGAGAGAAUAAUCGAGAUUUCCGAUACGCGGCGGAGGGACCCGGAGGGGAGGAUGCCGUCGUUCUCGCCGGCGCAGGAGGCGUUGUUUUUGAUACACGAGAGAAUAUUGGAAUCUGAAAUGGGAGCCUAUGGUGGAUACGGGGAGGAUGAGGCUGAGGAGUAUGGGAACAGGGGAGGCGGCGGCGGAGGUGGCGGUAGGGUAGUGACGAGGCUGGUGGUGUCUCGAAUGCACGUCGGCUGUUUGUUGGGGAAAGGAGGGAAGAUAAUUGAGCAGAUGAGGAUGGAAACCAAGACUCAUAUAAGGAUUCUUCCCAGAGAUCAUACUCUGCCGCGGUGUGUUGCAAUGUCGGAGGAGAUUGUUCAGGUGGUUGGUGAUAUGAAUGCUGUAAAAAGUGCUAUAACAAAUAUUUCUUCUCGCUUGAGAGAGAGUCAGCAUCGUGAUAGAAGCCAUUUCCACAAUCGAAUACAUUCUCCUGACAAUUUCUUCCCUACUGAUGAUGAUUUUCAUAUGAACAGCACACCAAGGCGAUCUUCUGUUGAAGGGCCUAGCUUUGGAUCUAGGUAUUCUGCCAAUCACAGGGGCAAUAAUUAUUCUGCCCGAUCAUCUGGAUUUGGUUUUGAAUCCGGGCCUGCUUCAGAAGUCGACAAUGCUCAAUUAUAUUCGGGUGAGGAUCUUGUGUUUCGCAUGCUUUGCCCUGCUGAAAAGGUUGACAAUGUGGUUGGGGAGUCGAGUGGAAUCAUUGAUUUGCUUCAAAACGAAAUUGGCGUCAAUGUUGAUAUUUCUGAUCCUGUUAAUGGGUCAGACGAGCAUAUAAUAAUCGUAUCAUCUGAAGAGGGUCCUGAUGACGAGUUAUUUCCUGCUCAAGAAGCUUUGCUGCAUAUACAAAACCGAAUUGUCGAUCUUGUUCCAGAAAAAGAAAACAUCAUUACCACUCGGUUGCUUUUGCAAGCAGACGAAGUUGAUUCUGUAGUGGAAAUGGGGAAAAUUGGCGGUGUGAAAGUAGAAAUACUGUCGAGAGAAGAGAUUCCUGCUGGUAUAUCCGGGACAUAUGAGAUCGUACAGAUAACCGGGGAGAUCAAGGCUGCUCGAGAGGCUUUGGUGGAGGUGACAUACAGAAUUCGAAGUUACAUUUAUCGAGAAUUUAUUGAAAAGGAAACCUUUGUACGGCAAGGUUCUGCCCCCUCCCAUGGUGAUACACCUGUGGAACCCGAGUCAGUUUCUCGGAAUAACACAGGUCCGACUGUGGAAACACAUACUGGAAAUGGUCCUGUAGUUUCGACUCCCCAAAGUUCAGCGUCCCCUGCAGCACUACAGAAAGUUAAGGACAUGGAGCCACCAAAUGUCGAGACACCUAAACAGCAGGAGAGCGAGCGGCGUGAAGAUCAACCGAGCGGAUUGAAUAGAAUUUCUGUACCUCUUGUUACCAAAAGUACGCUGGAAGUUGUUAUCCCGUCUCAUGCUGCAGCCGAACUUGCUAAGAAAUCAAGAAAACUUGCGCUGAUCAGUGAGCUAUCGGGAGCAGCUGUGAAAUUGAUCGACGACAGACCAGAAGUAACAGAAAAAAUUAUCCAAAUAUCGGGCACUCCUGAGCAAGCUGAGAGAGCGCAGAGUUUGCUUCAAGGGUUUAUUUUAAGCACUGAAGAAGACGGGCCUUGAAUGCGACGCAGAGCAGUUACUUAUCAUUGUCCUCGAAGCAACGGUUUUCUCAACAGUUGGAGUUUCGGUAUUCUUACAAGCAGAUGUUGCUGAUUGUUGUCAAUGUACAAAUGAAUCUAAGAUCCUGACAAUGCUUGGAAUUUAGGUUAGAUAGAUAUAUAUAGAUAUAUGCAUCAUUGUGUGUUGGUUUUUGCAUUAAUUUGGGGGAAAUGCAUGUUUGGAUUUUUGCAACUCUUACUGAGUCUGAAUGGUAUUCACAAUCACAGCCA